ACACCUUACAUAACAUAUCGAACAAAACCCAAGUAUGAUGGAAAGCGACGAUAACGCUAAAGCACAGGCCAGAUCUAUUCUUGGUCCAACUAAAGAUGCCGAAUUCCUGCAAAGCUUCGUCCGCGUUGGCAUCGGUGAUGAGGAAGAUGAAGUUCCAAUACCGAAAGCUUCUAUCAGCAAGAGAGCUCCUCAGUCCGCCGACAAGACUCGUGAAUUUGAAACGGAGGAAGAGAAACAUUCGACGAAGGACCGGAAGAGUUCUAUAAAACCGCAUAAAAGACGUGAACGAAAACAGAAACGCGAGAAACGCAGACGCGAAGAAGAACUAUACACUGACAAAGAUCGGGCCGCCGCUGUAGUCAUGGGUUCUAAAGACAUUAAACAGUCUCUGAGCUUAAAGGACAAGGCCGAACGUAGCAGCGCCUUACAGCUGCCCGCAGAAGCAGACGCCGGCACACUGUUAGCGUUAGCACAGGCUGAGAUGAUGCGGAAACGUUACCGAACCGCUGUCUUAUUUGUAAAUAAGGCAAUAGAACUAGCUCCAGAAGAGAAGGCUGCCUACGUCGCCCGCAGCAAAUGCUACCUCCUACUCGGAGAACCACGUUCAGCUCUCAGCGACGCAGAAGCAGCCCUAAAGCUUGAUCCUAAAGAUGCAAAGGCGUUACUCCGCAAAGCCGAAGCGUUAUACUAUUGCGGAGAAUUCGAAAUGAGUCUUGUGCAUUAUCACAGAGGACUGCGGGCUAGACCAGAUCUGAAUGACUUCAGGCUCGGUGUACAGAAAGCUCAAGAAGCCAUUGAAAACACAAUCGGAGCGGUCAAAGUAGUGAAGAAAUCCGGUAAGCGCUCAUCAUCAAAGUCUUCAAGGCCAGUCCUAGGGCAACUGAUGUCGGAUAAAGUAUACCUUGAGAAUCUGAUAAAGAAUCCAGACUUGGCUAUAGCGGAUAAAAAGAACGAUAAGGUGUUGAAGCAAGCAGAAGAGGCUAUCAGGUUCUUAGAAAACCGGGAAGAAUUCUGGAGACAGCAACAGACUGCUGUAUAGUAAUUAUUUUAGUUUACAUCAUUGGUACAUUAUUAGGUGUCCGUGGUUAAUGCGUGCUUUAAGUAAUAAUUUUUUUCUCCUACCUACGCCGAAAGUUCGGUUUUCGUCCCGCUGUACAGGGAAGAAAGUGUAACUUUUCCU